AGAACAUCGCAGUCCGCUUCCAGCCAGUCUAAGAAGUCAAACACAGUCGAAAGUCUAAUCGAAAUGAAGUUCGUCGCUAUUAUCGCCACCAUUUGCCUGCUGGCCACAUCCGUUGCCGCCGAGAAGAGGCAGACCGUGGGCUCAGCCUACGGCGGUGGAUAUGAGAAGCCGGCAGCAGCUCCAUCCUACUCGGCCCCUGCAGCUCCAUCCUACUCUGCCCCCGCAGCUCCGGCGUACGCGGCCGCACCCGCUGCUCCUGCCUACGCGGCCCCCGCUCCGGUUUCCAUUCCGGCCCCACCUUGCCCGAAGAACUACCUGUUCAGCUGCCAGCCCAACCUGGCUCCAGUCCCAUGCAGUGCUCCGGCGCCCAGCUACGGAUCCGCCGGCGCCUACUCGCAGUACGCCCCUGUCUACGCACCCCAACCCCUCCAGUGGUGAGGGGCGGAGAUUAUGAGCAUCCAAAAGUAGAAAAUGACAACAAUAAAAAAAUAUUUAUUAUGCAACAUAAA